CACACAACCAAUCUGUACAGAUUUAGAAGUACCUACGCCACCCGAUUCCGAGAUCACUGCUGAGUGGAACCCUGAAGCAAAUCACUUUGGGGACAACGAAUGGUCUACAAUAGAAAUGAUAAUCAGAGAUAUAGAGGACAAUGCACCAGCUCCUAUUGCAACUACAACUGCCCAUCGUUUUUCCGAUAACCAAUUGGUUCCCUCCACAGUGCAACUUGCGGAUAAAGCAGUCUUAGAAGGACAGAUGGUGCCCGACACGAAUCUUUUUGAAUUUGAUAACGGAACAAACAAAGACCCAAAUACUGACAACAUUGAAUAUUAUGUAGUAGAAGAAAAUACCAUUGAUAUAGACCAUAAUGAAUCUUUUUCCUUCACCUCACAACCACUUGAUCGACCAUGCUUGGAACAGAUUGUACCUCACUCUGAUGUCUUUAAUGAAUUUGACACUUCCACCUCUGAAGAUCAAAAUGUUUCGUUCUUUGUUAUCACAGAUCACUCCUACACACGAACUUGCAUAAGAGAUAAUAAAGAAUCCUAUCAUGUGGCACCUACAACAAAUGGUGAUUGUGUGCCAGCAUCCAGCAGGCGAUCAAUCCCCUUUGCAGUACAACCACUGUAUGAAAUGAGCUUAGAAGCGCCUAUUGAACUUGAUUCCGAGACAUUUGAAAUAUUAGACGUGGAUACUUUUCAAGAUGUGGCCAUUGAAAACGAACAAUAUGUUAAGGAAGAGAUGAAGUUUAUGUAAGCAGAUGGUUUGCCUACGAAGCUUUCAGCUUUCUGGAAGACAGGGAUUUGCCGAGAAAGAGACUUGCCACGG